UUAGUUGAAAAUUUCUGUGAUAUAUUUAGAAGUACAUAAAUAAAAUUUUACGAUAUGUCGAACCCGUGGAAAAAAGUAGCUGCACCGACCGAUGUACAGAACCUCUCAGAUAUUAUGUCUGAACAAUAUGCUAAAGGCCUUCAAAUUAAAGAGGAAAUAAAAUUUGCUGAACAAAUCGGUAGCGUCUUUCAACCAGAAACAUCAAGUCCAUUGCAGCAGAGUGAUAUUAACCCGGAAAUAUUGAAACAGAUUGAAGAUUCAAAUGUGAAGGAAUAUUGUGACUCUGACGCGAUCAUUGCAAAAGUGUUGCAAUGUCAGUUUGAUAAACAAUAUGAUGAUGAAAUCAAACUAGUAGAGAAAAAGCGUAAUGGUACUGCCAAGGUAUCAAUAUCCUUGGAUAAUUAUCGAAAUGUACCCGAACACUUGGUAUUCGAUUCUGAUUCAGAGGAAGACAUUGAAAAUGUGGACAAAAAGGAUUGGGAUCGGUUCGAGACAAACACCAAAGAUGGUAAAAUGGUAACGAAACAUGACAUUGUAAGUGGUAGAAGGAAUCCUUGUGGUGUAAGGAAAGAGGCUUUCCCGCCAGAAGUUUGUACUGGCGACGGGGCGGGAUUCGAUAUAAAUUUGCCAAACCAUGUGUUCAAUCAUCUUAAAGAACAAACGAGGCAUCAUCAAGUUCGUAAGCAUAAGAUGUUGGAUAGGAAGGAAAGUCAAGCGACUGCUGAAAUGGGUCUUGAUGAAGCAACAAGGCUUAUUUUAUUCAAGUUAAUCAACAAUGGUCUGUUGGAAGACAUUAAUGGGAUAAUUUCAACGGGAAAAGAGUCUGUUGUGUUGCAUGCCAAUGGUGACACAACUUAUCCUGACUUAGUUAUUCCUAAGGAGUGUGCAAUAAAGGUUUUUAAAACCACUUUGAAUGAGUUCAAAACUCGUGAUAAGUACAUUGAAGCUGAUUACAGGUUCAAAGAUCGCUUUUCUAAACAGAACCCUAGAAAAGUUGUUCACAUGUGGGCUGAAAAGGAGAUGCAUAACAUGAUGCGUUUGCGAAAGAUUGAUAUGAAUUGCCCCUCAGUUGUGAUAUUAAAAAAGCAUGUACUCGUUAUGUCCUUUAUUGGGAAAGACAAUAAACCGGCUCCAAAGUUGAGAGAUGUAAUCUUGAAACCAGAGAAAUGGGAGAGUGUAUAUAGUGAAGUUGUUGAAAGUAUGCACAAGAUGUAUAAUGUGGGGCAUAUGAUACAUGCUGAUUUGUCAGAGUAUAAUAUCCUCUGGUGGGAUAAUAAGUGUUGGUUCAUUGACAUUUCUCAGUCGGUGCAGCCAGACCAUCCCAAUGGAUUACAAUUUUUAUUGCGUGAUUGCCGCAACAUAACCAAUUUCUUUGAGAAGAAAGGUGUUCCAGAUGUGAUGUCUGCAGAUGCCUUAUUCAAAUCUAUCACUGGUUUUGAUGAAGUGGAUGUUAAUAUGUUAGAAGGAGUUCAUACUAUUUACAAUUCAUUAUCAACUCGCUUUGAAAUAGCUCCAGAUGAUAAUAGGAAUGUAAGCUAUCCAUUUGAAUACUGCUGGCAAAAGACGAAUCCAAUACAGCAAACUCAACAAACACACAGUGGUGACGAAAAUGAUUCGGAAGAUGAAUUUGAAGAAAUGUGGUCCCACUCACAAAAGAAUAAAGUGGUUGACAAGGCUUCUAACUUUGCAAAUGAAGUGAAUACUCAACAUGCCAAUGUUGAGAAAGUUAUUGAAGAAAAGAUUGAUUUUGGUAAAGAAUUAAACUGUAAUAUCCCCACUGGGGAAGAUAUAAGUAGUACCAGUGUUGAUAAAAAGUCUUAGACAUGUUUUUUAGCUGAUGUUAAUCAAAACAAAAUUGGACAGAAAAAGCAUUUCAC